AUGGCAUUAGCCAGCGGUCACUGGCUGGAGAAAGAGAUGAGGGGCGAAGCCCCAAGUCCGAGGUAUGGACACGCUUUAGCUGUGGCAGGAAAUGUCGCCUUUCUGUUUGGAGGAGCCUCCGGCAUCAACCGAGAGGAGGACAACCCUGUUUACUUCAACGACUUCUACAUGUUAACAGUUUCUCCUGAUGACGUGACAUGGGAGGAGAUUCCUCAGAGUGGAGAAGUCCCCUCAGCCAGAGAAGGACACACUCUCUGUGUUGUGAAAGGCAAGUUGUAUCUGUUUGGUGGAGUGUCCAGCCCUGAUGCCACUGAGUGUCUCCCAGGAGUCUACAGCUUUGAUAUAGUGUCUUUGACCUGGGAUUGCUUAGCAAUCGGUGGUGUGGCCCUCAGAACCCUCAGACACAGCUCUGUUGCCGUGGGAGACAACAUCUAUGUGUAUGGAGGCAUUCUGGGAGGGAGUCCAACCGAUGACCUCCUGGUCUUCAGCACAGUGUCUCUCACCUGGACGCCGGUUAAAGCUAGCGGAUCGCUACCCCCUGCCCUAUGUGGUCAGAGUUUUGCUCUGGUUGGUGAUCAGGUGUUCAUGUUUGGAGGUUACGGAGCAGGUGGAGACUUCGGUAAAGACCUCCAUGUCCUCAACACAGCUAAGAUGAAGUGGAAGGUUCCGCUGUACGUUGGGAUUCCUCCAGCCCGUCGACACGGACACACCGCCUUCAUCCUCCACAGUCAUCUGUAUGUAUUUGGAGGAAAGAAUGAAGAGCAGGAGUUUAAUGACAUGAAGGUGAUGAAACUCAUCAACCCCUCAGAGAGACAACCAGUGAUGAAAGAGAUUCUGUUAGAGUUUGGUCUUCAGGGAGUCAGUCACAGCUUCACCCCGACAAAGGUCCCCAACGUCCGCUAUGAGCUGAGUGAGUAUGCUCCAUCCAGCCUGUCCAGGAACACAGCAGCUAAUGCACAGGAGUUUUUCCACAGUGACUUCAGUGCAGUUCGAGAUCAGGCCAUGAAGAUGAUCCAGACAGCAUUCACUCUGCUGGACCAGGAGUUCCAGAAACUGGACCGAGAGAAGUCAGAGUUGUCUAAAGCUACUGUUGCUCUGCAAAGAGAGAAAGAAGCUCAGGAGGCCCACAGACAACAGCAGCAACAGGAGCUGCAGGAGAUGCUGGACAGUCAUCGCUCUCAGAAUGAGGCCUGGCUCCGAGCCAGAGCUGAGGAGAACGACCGAGAGAGGAGGGAGCUCUGUAGACUCAGAGAGGAGGUGUUGCAGGAGCAGGAGAGGGUGAAAGAGGAGCAGAGCAGCAUCCAGAAACGCAGUGAACAUCUUCUGUCCAUCAUGCAGCAGUUCAAAGGAAUGUGAGAU